AUGGCAUAUGGCUCACAAACAGUGGUCGAGCUCUCCCAGAUGCUCGACAACAGUCUCCUUGAUCGUGUCCGUCGGUUUUGGUUUCGGCAUAUAACAGACGACCAUCAUUUGAUCGUUCCUGACAAAGAGAAAGCCCUCGUCUGGUUCUCACAAGACGACGAGUUUGAUCAAGAAUGCAUCUCCACCUUCGGUCCUGUUCUCGACUUUCUAAGUUCAGAAACCAACAGGAUAGGAGUUGAUUAUAUCCUACACGCCACCAAUCCCACAUCGGCUUUGGACUGGAUGAGCUUAAUAAUCCUCCUCGAUCAGAUCCCUCGCAACUGCUACCGAGGAGAAAUGGCCGCUGUGGCGUAUCGCUUCUUCGACCCCAUAGUCUUGGGCCUCGCGUUCCAAGCAAUUGCAACAGGCAUCCCAGAACACCCCGAAGUACGAUAUCGGCAUGCUUAUCGCUUCUGGUUCUACCUCCCGCUUCAACAUUGCGAAAAUGCCAAGAUUCUUCAGGGUGUCGUCAGGGAGCAUGACCUCAUGUUUGACGACAGUCGCCAGCUGAUGGGCGUGAAUGUUUGUGUAAGCUUACAGAGCCCUGAGGUAUUGCACUGUCGGGAUGUUUUGAUCAAGAGACGCGAGAGUCUUGGGAUUUGGGAAGCGACGCUUCGAGGAAUUGUGAGGGAUCAUAUGGCCACCCUGGAAGAGCAUGGUAGAUACCCUCAUCGCGAUCGGGCACUGGGGCGAAAUGUAAAUUGCAAUAGCUAG